AUGAUACUUAUCAAACUGUCGUUGUAAGUAGCCAUUUAAUUUUAUCUUCAGUUACGUGUAAAAUAUGUACGAUUUUAAUGGAAAACGAGCUCUAGUAACCGGAGCAGGAAGAGGCAUAGGAAGAGAGAUAGUUAAACAAUUAUCUAAGUAUGGCGCACACGUUAUCGCUCUGAGUAAAACACGAGAAAAUCUUGAAUCAUUGAAAUCCGAGAUUCCUUCCAUUGAAACGAUAUGUGUUGAUCUUGGUGAUUGGAAGGCAACACGACAAGCUGUUGAGAAACUUCAAACUGUAGACUUACUGGUAAAUAAUGCAGGUGUUUUGGAGGAAGCAGUUUUCGAAACAAUCACGGAAGAACAAUUUGAUAAAACAUUUAAUGUCAACGUCAAAGCAAUAAUAAAUAUCUCCCAGGUGAUAGCGAAAAAAUUAAAAGAUGAAAAUAAACCAGGAUCCGUUGUCAACAUAUCCAGUGUUUCUUCAUGGUUUAAUUAUACUGGUGAAGCUGUGUAUGGAUUAAGUAAAGCUACUGUAGAUAAACUUACUAAACUCAUGGCAAAAGAACUUGGACCAUCAGGGAUCCGAGUUAAUUCUGUAAAUCCAACUUGGGUAAUGACUGAAAUGGCAAUGCAACUACUUAGUCCUGAAAACGAAGUCCAACUGAAGAGUAAAAUUCCUUUAGGGAAAUUUUGUAAUGUUAAAGAUAUCGCUGAUGCAGUACUUUUUUUACUGAGUGAUAAUGCCAAAAUGGUGAAUGGUGUCCAUUUCCCUGUCGAUGGAGGAGAACAAUAACUUUUAAAAAUGAUUUUAUCAUCUAAAUAAAAUAUAAUAUUUUAAUGUUUAUACUAAAAUCGUUUAAAUAUUAAUUCUAUACACUAUCAAUAGUUAGGAGUUAUGCAGAGCUACGCUAUUUGGUUCAGAAAUUAAUGCGCCAGUUCUUCAGUUUACACUCGUAUAAUGUAUUAUAUACGCAAAAGAAGAAGCCUCAGAUGUAGUCCUGCUAAUGGGCUCUGUGGGCAUCACCAUACAUGGAAUACGGUAGAUAAGAAAUCAUUGGUGAAGAGGUAAAACAGUGUCUUUAAAUUGAAAGUUUUUUAUUGUGUUCAAAUUUUAUAAAUGUCAGUGCAAACAAGUACCUAUAAUAAUAAAAAAAA